UUGAAAUUAACAAAGUGAAGUCUGUAAUCGUUCCUUCAUUUCCUGAAAAUGUGAAGAACUGUCUCUAUCUCAUGAAUAACUACCAGAACACAGUCCUUGUAGCAGCUUCUGUUUGCAUAGAUGGCAUUAAGUAUAGUGCUAAUAUGGUUAUUUCCGUUGGAUCGUGCUCAGGGCUCCCAGAUUUCAGACAAAUAGCAAAGAUUGUGGUGAUCAAUACAGACAUAAUAUUUGUCAGCAGACUCAUGACAUCAUGGUAUAAUGAGCAUCUUAGAGCAUACAAGCUCUGUAGUAGCCAUUUGUCCACAUUCUCUGUCACUCAGUUGUCUUAACUAAAUGAUGUUUUCCCAAUUUCACUUUACAGAGUUGGAAACAAGCAGCUUAACUUAAACAGCACAUAUUAUGCUGAGUGAGUCAACAGUUAUCAAAAUGGACCAGAGGUUGUUGCUGAGAGUCAUCAUCGCUGAAAAUGAUACAAGGAAGUUGACUUUAAAUAAGAGACCACAGUCCAUUGAAGAAUUCAAAGUGCAACUGGUGGAUAAACUGUCACUGCAGUAUGACUUUAAACUGCAGUAUGAAAAUCAAGACUUCAAUAAUGCCCUCUGCAAUUUGACUGAAAUAACUGAUUUACCUGAAAGAGCUACAGUUAAAAUCAUCCCUCUUGUGAGUCUCCAUUUAACAGCAUUGUCAUCACCCACCACAACAUCAGACACUGAGUGCAGCACAGCAGACACCGAGAUCCUGUCGAAUGUAGUAGCAUCACCAUCGCUAAGACAACAGUGGCCAGACUUAUUUGACAUACCCAAUUUCUCAGUAGAUGUUGAGUAUAGGCUCAGAUAGGCAGAUCUUGCCUUUAUGAAAGAUGAAACACGUAUGACUCUACCACGAGAUAUGAAGCAUGACAUAAAAAAUCUAGAAAAUCUUGCUGAGACGAUGUACUUUGAAAUUGUAAAAAAGGAGCCUGCUGUACAGACCAUGGUUGAACGAUGGCCAGCACUCUUUACAGAGAGACAGGUGUUUGCUGAGUUUAAUAGAAUCGCCAUUAAGAAUCUUGAGGGAGACUUCUUUGAGGCUCUGGACCAGUAUGCCCCAUGUUUCAUCGAACUUUUCAAAACUAAAAAGGGAACUGUUGGCCAGAAACUCAGGGGGCUGAUGCAGCACAUGAGCUGGAGGAUACCAGACGUGACAGUACUUCGCUCUGUUGUCCUCAAAGGCAUUCCCAUUUUACUCGGUGACGACUCCAGUGAAUUCUACAAGACCUGCUCUGAUACAGCGAGAGACGAGGCCCUAGAAUGCAUCACUGUUGGUGUGCUGACAGUUGUCAGUGAAGAUUGUCCUCACGAGGGUCAAAGCUCAGUGGACCUCCAGCCCAUCUCCACUGCCAUCAUUCAUCAUUGGAGGGAGGUAUUGUCAUGGAUCAUAUUAAAAACUUGCCUCAGGCAGUUUGUCUGUUGUUUGGGCUUACAUAUGCAUUGCAUUUGGAUUACCCAAAAUGCAUGGCAAAUACACUCAACUUCAUUCAGACUGUGAUGCUUGGACUGGGAAAGAAAAAACUCCAACCAAAACUGUUAACUCUGAAGAACAGUCUUCUGGGUUAGAACAGUAAAGAGCCAUCAGCUGUCAGAUAGCACUUUGAAGCUUUGCAGCUAUUAAUGUUCUCCUUUUAUCAGAGAAAGUUUGAUGCUUUCAUGCAACUGAUCUCGCUUAUUUACGAUCUCAAUUAAAAAAAAUAAUCCCAUUGAAGUCUGUACUAUGUUAUGCAGGUAUGCUAAUGGUUGAAAUAGAGUUGUUUGCAAAGAGUAGUUAGUUGUUAUUAGAUGAUAAUGUCAGAAAAGAACCUAUAAGGUUGUCCUUUUUACAUUUGUGUUUUGGGAAAACUUUUAAUAGUUGUAAUGUAGUACAAAUACAAACCCCAAGGAGUGAUGUUUUUCUUUGUCUUGGUUUAAUCUUUGGACUGUUCAAUUUGGGAAACAAAAGCAUUUGUUGUCUUUUCAGUUUUGAUCAGAAAUGCACUCAUUUUGCAUGCACUGAAGUCCUGUAGUUAUCAGGUGUUUACCUCUUUAAUAUUGGGAGACUGUUAUUAGCUCACAGAAAUGUGGUUUUAUUUUUUAUAUUUUUCCAAGUCAUUUUCUACAGUUAAAAUCAAACAACAACUUUGUUGUUUAG